AUGUCCACGCCGGGGGAAAAUGAGCGCGUGGCAUGCCCAAAUUGUGAUAAAAAGCUAUCUUUUGGCGUGUUGAACAAGCACCUGGAUCACUGCUUGGCGGAGGGGCCUUCUUCGCUGAGUCCAGGAUCAGGCUUGAAGCGCGAGGCUUUGCCAGAGCCCGACAAACCGCAAAAGGCGGCGAAACACGUGCCUGCACUGGACGCGUCAAAGCCGUUUGCGGAGCGUAUGCGGCCAUCAUCCUUGGGAGAAUAUGUGGGGCAGACAGAUGUAGUGCAGGGCGCAUUGCUGUCUCUUCUGAAGCGUGGGCAAGUGCCUUCGAUGGUGCUAUGGGGACCUCCAGGCUCGGGGAAAACGACCUUGGCGCGGCUUGUGACGCGCGCGGCGUCUGAUUUCGCGCGUGAAAAUGGGCUAGAGAUGCCGCAGUACCGUUUUAUAGAAAUGUCUGCGACAGUCGCCAGCGUCACAGAGGUGAAGAAAACGAUCGACGAGUCCGUGCACAGACUGCAACUCACAGGCCAACGCACGGUGCUUUUUAUCGACGAAAUUCAGCGGUUUAAUCGCGCACAGCAGGAUAUUUUCCUUCCUGCAUUGGAGAAAGGCCAUAUCACAUUGCUUGCAGCAACGACAGAGAACCCCUCAUUCCGUCUGCAAAGCGCAUUGCUUUCACGGUUACGCGUUGUGGUGCUUACAAAGCUCGGCAUCGAAGAGAAUGUACAAGUGCUGUCGCAGGCGCUGGAUCGGGUGCGCGCUGCCGGCGAUGUUGUGCAUACAUGGAUCGACGAGCCGCUCCUCCAUUGGAUUGCAUCGAUGGCGGACGGCGAUGCACGCACCUCGCUUAAUGCAUUGGAGCUUGCACUGGUUACAGGUGACGAGCAUGCUCCAGCGGCGCAAAAUGUGCGCCACCUAAAAGCCGCGCUAAAACGCACAGCGCUCAAGUACGAUCGCACCGGCGAUAUGCACUAUGAUACCAUUAGCGCCAUGCACAAGAGCAUCCGUGGCUCCAACGCAGAUGCUGCUUUAUACUGGCUCGCACGCAUGGUGGCCAGUGGUGAGGAUCCGCUUUUUAUAGCGCGGAGGCUCAUCGUUUGUGCGUCGGAAGAUUGCUGCUCUGCCGACGCGCUUAGUCUUGCGCUAAGCACGUACAAGGCCUGCGAGAUUGUCGGCCUGCCGGAAUGCGGGAUCAAUCUGUCGCACUGUGUCAUGUUUCUUGCCGAAUACCCCAAAUCCACGCGCUCGUAUCGCGCGUGGAAAAAAGCAGUGCGCAUGGUCGAGUCCGAUUUCAAUUACCCUGUCCCAAACCAUAUACGGAAUGCACCUACGAAAAUGAUGCGCGAGCUUGGAUACGGCGAGCAAUAUCGCUAUGAACCAAGUUUUGCGCACCCCGUGCACCAGGAAUUCUUUCCUCCUGAAUUACGGGGCACACGCCUCAUUUCUCCACCGUCAGAUGCUGCGUUGAUGACGCCAAUGGAAGCAGCAGCAGCUACAGGUCCCUACGCAUGCCAACGUCAAUUCUCACUUGGCUCGCGUGCUGUAGACUUUGAUCUGCUGGACGAGUGGGAGGCAAAGCACAACGGCGGCAAGCCUUGGCCCGGGCGCAGCGGACUGCAGCCGCCGAGCACAUAG